CGCCCUCACAAGGCCUGGGGAGGAAGUGACGGUGCUGUGGGAAAAUGGCGGCUGCUCUCUCUCUCCAGUCCCCCACUACUGCUUCGGCUACGACGACAGCCACGGCAGCUGCGCUAGGGGAGGUGGAAGAUGAAGGACUCCUGGCGUCGCUGUUCCGUGACCGCUUCCCCGAGGCCCAAUGGCGUGAGAAACCUGACGUGGGCCGCUACCUCCGGGAGUUGAGCGGCUCAGGGCUGGACCGGCUGCGACGGGAGCCCGAGCGUUUGGCGGAGGAGCGGGCCCAGCUGCUGCAGCAGACGCGCGACCUGGCCUUCGCCAAUUACAAGACGUUCAUUCGCGGCGCCGAGUGCACCGAGCGCAUCCACCGUCUCUUUGGCGACGUGGAGGCGUCCCUCGGGCACCUGCUCGACCGUUUGCCCGGCUUUCAGCAGAGCUGCAGGAAGUUUGUGAAGGAGGCGGAGGAGAUCAGCUCCAAUCGCCGGAUGAACACCCUGACUCUGAACCGGCACACAGAAAUCCUGGAGAUUUUAGAGAUUCCCCAGCUUAUGGAUACCUGCGUCCGAAACAGCUAUUAUGAAGAGGCCCUGGAGCUCGCAGCCUAUGUACGGCGACUGGAAAGGAAAUACUCGUCCAUCCCUGUUAUCCAGGGCAUUGUGAAUGAAGUGCGCCAGUCCAUGCAGCUGAUGCUGAGCCAGCUGAUCCAGCAGCUGAGGACCAACAUCCAGCUCCCUGCCUGCCUGCGUGUUAUUGGCUAUCUUCGGCGCAUGGAUGUCUUCACUGAGGCUGAGCUGAGGGUGAAGUUCCUUCAGGCCCGGGAUGCUUGGCUUCGCUCCAUCCUGACUGCCAUCCCUAAUGACGAUCCUUAUUUCCAUAUCACAAAAACCGUCGAGGCCUGCCGGGUCCACCUCUUUGAUAUCAUCACCCAGUACCGUGCCAUCUUCUCUGAUGAGGACCCCUUGCUACCACCUGCCGUGGGCCAGUACACUGUGAAUGAGGGUGCCAUCUUCCAUGGCUGGGUGCUGCAGAAAAUCGCACAGUUCCUGCAGGUGCUAGAGACCGACCUUUACCGGGGUAUUGGUGGCCGCUUGGACUCUCUGCUAGGCCAGUGCAUGUACUUUGGGCUAUCCUUUAGCCGGGUAGGGGCUGAUUUCCGGGGCCAGUUGGCUCCUGUUUUCCAGAGGGUGGCAAUCAACACUUUCCAGAAAGCAGUUGAGGAAGCAGUGGAGAAAUUCCAGGAUGAGAUGACUUCCUACACCCUCAUCUCAGCUGCAGCCAUUCUGGGCAGCAGUAACAUGCCUGCUGCAGUACCAGCCACACAGCCGGGGACGCUGCAACCACCAAUGGUGCUCUUAGACUUCCCACCCCUUGCCUGCUUCCUCAACAACAUUUUGGUUGCUUUCAAUGAUCUUCGUCUCUGCUGCCCAGUGGCCCUAGCACAGGAUGUGACUGGAGCCUUGGAGGAUGCGCUUGCCAAGGUAACCAAAACAAUCUUGGCAUUCCAUCGUGCUGAGGAGGCUGCGUUCAGCAGCGGGGAGCAGGAGACCUUUGUCCAGUUCUGUACUGCCUUCCUGGAAGACCUUGUUCCUUACCUGAACCGCUGUCUUCAAGUCCUUUUCCCACCAGCUCAGAUAGCCCAGACUUUAGUAACGUUUUUCUAUUUCGUUUUUCCUACUGUUGGGUCAGGCAUUUCACCCUCCCAGCUCUCCAAGUAUGGAAACCUUGGACAUGUCAACAUCAGCGUCAUCCAGGAGCCUCUUGCCUUUAUCCUUCCUAAGCGAGAGAUGGUCUUCUCUCUAGAUGACCAGGAGCUAGUGCCAGACCUCGUGGCCCCAGCUCCAGAGCUUCCUGCGGAGCAGCCCAAUUUGGAGCCUGUUACUUCAGCGGCCCCUGAGGGCGGGUCAGAGAAGGGAGAACCAGGGGAACCGCCAGUGGAGGGGGAGUCAGUGCCUGCCAACCCACCCAGUGAGGAGACAUAGGCAG